AUGUCGGAAGACACACCUUUCCACACGGGCCUCUUUCUUCCGCAGCGUUGGAGUCUUUGCACCGCUCCUCCACGCACACACAACACCGAUUGGAAGAUGGUUCGGGGCCACGCGAAGCAAGCUGCGCAGGAGGCGGCCAAGAAGAAGGCCGACGCGCAGAAGGGCGGCAAGUCGCAACUGGGCGAAGCGCGCGCCAAAGGCCUCAAGUUCACCUGCCCUACAUGCAAGGCCCAAAGCCCCAACUACAAGGUGCUCAAGGAACACUUUGACAACAAGCAUCCCAAGGACACCUGUCCGCCCGAAUCCACAUUCACAGCCUAA